ACAAACAACUACAAAAUGUUCAGUGCAAAAUACUUGAUCGUCGUUGCCUUACUUGUAUGCUGUCUGCUCUGCCAAGAGGCAGUGGAGGCACACUUCCUCGGCAAAGUGGGACAUGAUGUGCACAAGGCCGCUGAAAAGGUGGACAAGGUAGCUAAGACUAUUGGCAAAGCGAAGGGCGCCAUUGCCGCUGGUACUGCUGUGGCUGGAAUUAUUGCCGGUGCUGCUGCUGUUGCUUAAAUAACGGAAGCUGGCAAUGACUUAUUUUCUAAUCCCAAUGAAUAAAAUAUAAAACGUAAAGCAAAAA